AUGGGCUCCCUCGACAACGGGGCCGCGGCCGCGGCGGGGAGCUACAAGCGCGGUCCGGGCCCGGCGCUGCGGGCUGGCAUCGUCGGCGGCGGCAGCGCGCGGAAGGUGCGGGCGAGAUCCAGGCUCGCGCGCUUCCUGCUGCUCGAGAAGGUGGACUAUCUCCAGUGGAUGGUCGCCGCCGCCGCCUUCUUCUUCGUCGCCAUCGUCUUCGUCGCGUUCCUCCCGGGGUCGGGCGUCGUCGUCGAGCGGCCCUGGCUGACGCUCCCCUCGCGCCGCGCGGGACCGGGACGCGUCGGAGGCGGUGGCGGAGGCGGGACUGCUGAGGACCGCGGCGGCCGCGUCCGGUGGGAGGCGGGCGUCGCGUUCGAGUUCGAGCCGACCAGGCUGAGGGAGAAAUGGGCGAGGGAGCGGAGGGAGGAGGCCAAGAGCUUGGCGGAGCUCGGGACGCCCGUGACGAGGCUCGGGGUACGGAAGCCGCGGCUUGCCAUGGUGUUCGGUGACCUGUAUCCCAGCGCAAUGCAGCUUCAGAUGGUUAGCGUCGCCUCGGUGCUGGAGGCCAUGGGCUACGAAAUGAAGGUUUUCUCACUUGAGGAUGGCCCAUGUGGUAACAUCUGGAGAGCCAUUGGAGUACCAGUGAGCAUACUACCUGAGGACACAAACUUACCUAUUUUUGUAGAUUGGUUAGACUAUGAUGGCAUACUUGUCAAUUCUAUUGAGGCAAGACCAGUAUUCUCAAGUCUUCUGCACGAGCCUUUCAAAUCCAUACCUAUCAUUUGGACUGUGCAUGAAUAUUCUCUUGCACAUCGUGCUAAAGAAUAUAAUGCGAGUGGAAUGGUUCAGCUCAUAAAUGCUUGGAAAGAUGUAUUCAGCAGGGCAAAUGUUAUAGUUUUCCCAAACUAUAUAUUACCGGUGAUGUAUGCUGCAUUUGAUUCUGGUAACUAUUUCGUGAUUCCAGGCCCCCCCUCAGAAGCAUUUCAGGUUGACAGCUUUAUUGGUAAAAGUUACCAUGAAGAUGUGAGGAUCAGCUUGGGCUCGAGUCCCAAAGAUUUUUUAAUUGCUAUUGUUGGUAGUCCAUUUUCAUAUGGUGAUAAUUUGAUGGAAGAGGCGCUUGUCUUGCAAGCAGUAAGUCCUUUGUUACAGAGAUAUCACUCUGAGAAUAGCACACAAUCUGAACUGAAAGUAAAGAUCUUCACUGGGAACAUAACUGAGAAGCAUAGGAUGGCCCUUGAGUCUGUUGCUCUAAGUGUUGGCUUCCCAAGAGGUGCAGUGGAGCAUGUUGCUGCUGAAGAUAAGGACAACCUCCUUAGUACAGCUGACCUUAUCGAUGAUGGAGUAAACGGACUUCUGUUUCCAAGAAAGAAUAUUGGCAUGUUAGCUCAAGUUCUUCUUCGAGCAGUGUCGAAUGGUAAAGUGUCUGUUUCAGGGCAAAAAAUUGCUUCAGCUGGGAAGGCCCAUGCCAAGAAUCUUAUGGCUUCUGAGACCAUUGAAGGCUAUGCUGUGCUAUUGGAAAAUAUUGUCAAGUUCCCCACUGAUGCACUGAGUCCUUUAACUGCUGGUGAGAUACCUUUAGCUCUGAAACAGGAGUGGAAAUGGCACCUAUUCGAGGAUGUGAAGCAUUUACACCGUAUGAAUACAAGUUUGUCUGGCUACAAGAUACUCCAGAAACUAGAGCAGGAGUGGCAUAGAAACCAAAUGAAAAACUCUUCUUUGAGUACAACAAAGACCAGUGACGCAUUCUCUGCAAUUGCCUGGGAGGAACAGAGAGCAAAUGAGGUUAUGGACAUCAAAAGAAAAAUGGAGGAAGACGAGUUGAAGGACAGGAAUGACCAACUGCAUGGAACAUGGGAGGAGGUGUACAGAAAUGUGAAAAGGGUAGAGAGGUUAAAAAAUGAAUUGCAUGAAAGAGAUGACAAGGAGCUUGAGCGGACAGGUCAGCCACUUUGUAUAUAUGAGCCUUUCUUUGGGGAGGGGACCUGGCCCUUUCUGCAACAGAGCUCUCUUUAUCGUGGAGUUGGCCUGUCUUCAAAAGGUCGAAGACCAGGAGCGGAUGAUAUUGAUGCUUCUUCUCGUCUUCCUCUUCUCAAUAAUGUCUACUACAGAGAUAUUCUUGGUGAAUUUGGAGCUUUCUUUGCUCUUGCCAACAGAAUUGACAGAAUACAUAAAAAUUCUUGGAUAGGGUUUCAGUCCUGGAGAGCUACAGCAAGAAAGGUAAACUUGUCAAACAAUGCUGAAUCUGCAAUCUUAGAAGCCGUUCAAUCUCAAAAGCAUGGAGAUUCCUUUUAUUUUUGGGUUCGGAUGGAUCAAGAUCCAAGAAACCGCACUAACAAAGAUUUUUGGUCCUUCUGUGAUGCGAUCAAUGCUGGGAACUGCAGGUUAGCUGUUUUGGAGGCCUUCCAAAGGAUGUAUGGUGUACAUCUUGAUCAUGACCUGGAUUCUCUGUUACAUAUGCCUAAUGAUGGAGACACAUGGUCUGUGAUGCAAAGUUGGGUUUUGUCUACACGGUCAUUCCUAGAAUUUGUUAUGUUUUCAAGAAUGUUUGUUGAUGCAUUGGAUGCACAAAUGUAUGACAAACACCAUCAAACUGGGCAUUGCAUCUUGAGUCUCCACAAGGAUCAGCACUGCUAUUCUCGCGUCUUGGAGUUGAUUGUGAAUGUUUGGGCAUUCCACAGUGCACGGCGGAUGGUCUAUGUUAAUCCUGAGACUGGUGCAAUGCAGGAGCAGCACCAUCUCAGUGGCAGGAGAGGUCAAAUGUCAGUGCAGUUUUUCUCCUACACCACUCUAAAGAGCAUGGACGAGGAGCUUGCAGAAGAGUUUGACUUGGAUCACCCGGACAGGAGGUGGCUCUGGCCACAAACUGGAGAGGUCUUCUGGCAGGGUCUCUAUGAGAGGGAGCGGAGCAUGCGGCAGCAGGAGAAGGAGCGGAGAAAGCAGAAGAGCAGAGAGAAGAUCCAGAGAAUCAAGAAUAGAGCUCGGCAAAAGACGUUGGGGAAGUAUAUAAAGCCACCGCCUGAUGAUACAGGUGGCUCGAAUGAUACAACAACAGUAGAUUUGUAG